AUGAUUCUCUCUUCACCCUACUCUCUCUUCCCAACACCCUCUCUCUCUCUCUCUCUUUUCAGUACGAUUUACUCUUCACCACACUCUCUUUUCCCAACACUAUCUUUUCAGUACGAUUCUCUCUUCACUCCAAUCUCUCUUCACAACACUCUUUUUAGCAUGAUUCUCUCUUCACCCCACUCUCUCUUCCCAACACCCUCUCUCUCUCUUUCCAGUACGAUUCUCUCUUCACCCCACUCUCUCUUCCUAACACUCUCUAUCUUUUUAGCACGAUUCUCCCUUCACCCAACAUUUAUUUUUAGUACAAUUCUCUUUUCAUUCCCCUCUCUCUUUCCAACACACGUCAUCCUUUUAAUGCAAUUCUCUCUUCACCCCACCCUUUCUUCCCAACUCUCUCUGUUUCUUUUAGAACUAUUCUCUUUUUACCCCUCUUCCCUUCUCACUCUAUUCUCAACUCUCUCUGAUGAUUCUUUUAGUACAAUUCUCUCUUUAUCCCUCCACUCUCACUUUCCAGCUCUCUCUAUUUUAGUACAAUUUUCUCAUCAUAUCAACCUCUCACUCUCUCUUUCUUCCUAUAUCUCUGCAUCUCGUCAUUCCUCCUCUCUCUCUCUUCUCAAAUCUCUCUUUUACUAUGAUUCUCUCUUACUCUAUCUCUCUCUCUCUUUUUAUUGCAAAGUUCACGUGUCAUGUUUAGAACAGGGUCAGAUUAAAAAUGAUCAUGACAAGGAUUUGUUAGAAAUGUUAUGCUCGUAUCUCCUGUACCACGUUGUAGAAUUUCGAUCGAUACGUUUUCUGAUCAUUAUCAGGUGA